CAAUCCACCCUCACCGUCGUCAGGAAAUUCGCAUUUUCCUGAUCUCAAUCUCCACUCCAUCCUCCCAUCCGCACCUUUGUUUGUUCGUCCCCACACAUACAUAAUGGCCGCUACAUCUACUGGCUCGACCAAGGUCGACGCUGUUGUCCAGCAGGUUGCUGCCAACACCCCCGAGAAGCUCAGCGGCUUCGCUCUCUACUCCAGAUUCGCCUUGGCUGGUGCCAUCUGCUGUUCAGUUACCCACGGAGGUCUCACACCCGUCGAUGUCGUCAAGACCAGAAUACAACUUGACCCUGCUACCUACAACAAGGGUCUCAUUGGAGGCUUCCGACAAGUCGUUGCCAAGGAGGGUGCUGGUGCUCUGUUGACCGGUCUUGGUCCUACUGCCGCCGGAUACUUCCUCCAGGGUGCAUUCAAGUUUGGAGGAUAUGAACUCUUCAAGCAACAAUCCAUCAACCUCCUCGGAUACGAGACCGCUGCCAACAACCGCACUGCCGUCUACUUGGCCUCCUCUGCUCUUGCCGAGUUCUUCGCCGACAUUGCUCUCUGCCCUCUCGAGGCCACCCGUAUCCGUCUCGUCUCUGACCCCACAUACGCCAACGGUCUCAUUGGUGGUUUCAGCAAGAUCUUGAAGAACGACGGUUUCGGUGCCUUCUACGCCGGUUUCGGUCCUAUCCUGUUCAAGCAGGUCCCAUACACCAUGGCCAAGUUCGUUGUCUACGAGAAGGUCGUUGAGGCCAUCUACAAGAGAGUCGACAAGUCCACCACCUCCAGCGGACUCCAGACCACCAUUAACUUGGGAUCCGGUCUUAUUGCUGGUUUCGCCGCUGCUAUCGUCUCACAACCCGCUGACACCAUGCUCAGCAAGAUCAACAAGAGCAAGGGUCUUCCUGGAGAGGGAACCACCAGCCGUCUGAUCAAGAUUGCCAAGGAGCUUGGACUCAAGGGUUCUUACGCUGGUAUCGGUGCUCGUCUGUUCAUGGUUGGUACCUUGACCGCUGGUCAAUUCGCUAUCUACGGUGAUGUGAAGAAGGCUUUGGGAGCGGUAGGAGGUGUUGAGAUUGCGCCAGCUAAAUAG